AUGAACUGGAUCAACGGACUAGAUCAUCUCUACCGCGAUUCAGUUUUCUUGUGGCUCUACGGCGCAGCGGGCGCUGGAAAGUCUGCAAUUGCACAAACAAUCGCGGAGAUGCUGGAUAGCCGGAAUGGGUGUAUCGCUAGUUUCUUUUUUGCAAGGGAUGACCCGCAUCGAGGAACGGCCAGGUUUCUUGUUCCGACGCUGGCGUACCAGUUGGCGGUGAAGCUUCCGCCUGUGUUUCGAGCUUGCGUGGUGCAGGUAUUCGAGAAUGAUCCUCUAGUUGUGACUCGAUCGUUCGAGUCACAAUUCACUGCACUCAUUAAAGGCCCUCUUCUCCAGCUCCUCCAGAAUGGAUGUACAUUCGACCACAAUAUCGUGAUUAUCAUCGAUGGCUUGGAUGAAUGCGAAGACUCUAAAGUUCAAGCCAGAAUUGUCUACGCCGCAUUUCGUGUGCUCCAGGAUGAAUCCAUCCCGCUGAAAAUUCUCUUAGCAAGCCGCCCGGAAGUGGCAAUAUCAUCUGCAUUCAGUUUGAAGGGGCCUGAGGAGUUGACAAUAGUCGCGCUGGAUGACGACUAUCAAUCGCGAGAGGACAUUGAAUAUUUCUUGGUGGACAGCUUUUGCAAGAUCAAGUCACAGCAUUGCCGUCGGGCGCAUAUCCCUGAAGGGUGGCCCUCGCCGAGUCAAAUCACUACCCUUGUAGAGCGGUCCUCAGGCCAGUUUAUUUAUGCGUCAACGGUGGUGAAAUAUGUCGAGUCAUCUCGCCAUCGUCCGACGCAUAGACUGGAGAUUGUGCUUGGCGUACGGCCCACCAUGGCAGGCGACAAUCCGUUCGCCGAGCUCGACGCGCUGUACCGUCAUAUCCUGAUGGGAGUCGAAGAAGUGGAUCUAAUACUGAAAAUUCUCGCGUUCGUCACCUUCUGCCCUCCCGGCUUCUACGACGAAGUUUCAGUGAGCUUUGUAGAAGCCUUUCUAUCUCUCGAGACAGGCGAUGCGCAGGUUUUGCUGCACAACCUUGCUUCGCUUGUAUCGCUGGAUGAUUGGGUUGGCGUGAGGGGCCCUUUGGGCCAGAUUUCGCGUGCGCCGUGGAUCCGAAUUUUGCACGCGUCGUUGAAGGACUAUCUAGUCGAUAAGAGCCGGUCGAGGGAUUUGUAUAUUGAUCCACCCAAUAUGCAUGCCUUUUUUGCUCAGCUGUCGUUCAGUCACAUAUCUGCUGGUAGGAAAUCUGGUUAUUAUGAAGCUGGGAUAAAAAUCUGA